AAUCAUUGAUACUAAUGUCCAAAAUAUCGAUUUUUAAUACAUCAUACCAACGUGUCGGGACUCAGGGUCGAUUUGACAGAAUCUUUGAAAAGUUAAAAAUUGUUUCUGACACUAAUUCCAAAUGUUGGCAACCAUAUAUGUGUGUAUAUAUCCGUGUCUUUGUAAUUGAUAGUCACCACCAUUUUCUGUAGAGAGAAAGAUGGAGAAACAUUACAUAAUUUUAAUCCUGUGUUCAAUAUUAGUAUUUGCUAAUGGCAAUGGAGUUUCUCAAGGCCCAAAAGCAGUAAGAAAAUGGUUCAAGAAGCAUUCUAAUGCAAAAGAAAAGCUCACAGAGUUUCACUUCUACCUGCAUGAUAUUGUAAGUGGCCGGAAUCCGACAAAUAUUCCUGUGGCUAUGACCAACGCCACCACCCAGUCACCCACCUAUUUCGGCCUAAUCGCCGCCAUGGAUGACUUAUUAACAGAAGGACCCGAACCCGAUUCAAAGGUUGUGGGUCGAGCCAGUGGUCUCUUUGGGUCUUCUUCACUGCAAGAACUAGGGCUACACAUGACCUUCAAUAUUGUGUUCACAGAGGGAAAGUAUAAUGGUAGUAUGCUAGCUGUAAGUGGGUACAAUCAGUUCAAUAAUCGGAAUCGGGAACUACCGAUAGUUGGUGGCUCUGGUGUUUUCCGGCUGGCGCGCGGUGUCGCUACCCUAGAAAAUGUUUGGUAUAAUAAUACCUCCGGUGAUGCUCUUGUCGAGUACCAUGUCCUGGUAUUGCAUUAUUGAUCCACUUUCCAUUAGUUAAAUGUGUAAUUUGGUUUUAUUUUAUUUGUUUAUUUCACAUUUUCACUUUUUUUAAGUUUGCAAGUAGGGAUGUUUUGUUAUUGAUUGUAUCAUGGUAGUUUACCUGAUUGUCGACCUAAUCAUAUUAAUAAUAAAUAUAAAGGUGACAAUUUUGUUUUA